UCUCCUUUCUAUGACCCACUUUAUCUCUAUAAUUAUUUAUUUGGGAUAAGUUCUGCAACUCUAGAAUUGGACCUCUUGCUAAAUUGUAAUCGCGCAUACGUACUGUGAGCAUGACUUCUUCUUCUAUGGCCUUUCAAUCAGGAGCUUCUUCCUCUUCUUCAUCCUCUUCAUCUCCUUCCAUCUGUCCAUGGAGUCAUCAUGUAUUCUUGAGUUUUAGAGAAUCAAGAUGGUGCUUAGAUGAGUUAUUGAAGAUUCUUGAUUGCAAGGAAACAAUGAAUCAAAUUGUUCUACCAAUUUUUUACGACGUAGAUCCAUCGGAAGUACGACAUCAAAAAGGGAUUUUUGGAGAAUCUUUUGAUAAACUUGGAGAUAAGCUCAAGGAUAACACAAAGAUGCAGAAAUGGAAGGUAGCUUUGCAAAGAGUAGCUGAUUUGUCUGGUUUCCCAUUAGCAAAAUUUCGGAAAGAGUCAGAAUUUAUCCAGGAAAUCAUUCAAUGGGUGGAGUUAAGAAUGGUAAAUCAAACACCUCUAAGUGUUGCCAAGUAUCCAAUUGGGAUAGCAUCUCGUAUACGACAUAUUUAUCAGCAUUUAAGUAUUGGAAAGAAUGAUAUUAUACGCAUUGUAGGGAUAUUUGGGACUGGUGGAAUUGGGAAGACAACUAUUUCAAAUGAUAUCUACAACCGGAUUUCUUCUCAAUUUGAAGGCAGUUGUUUCUUGAAAGACGUUAGAGAAAUUUCAAAACAAGUAGGAGGUCUAAUUAAGCUACAAAAUACCCUUCUUUCUGAUAUUUUAGGAACAUGUUUGGAUGUUCAUGAUAUUGACAGAGGCAUGAAUGUGAUAAGGCAUAGAGUUUGCUCUAAAAGAGUUCUACUAAUUCUUGAUGAUGUGGAUGAGUUGGUCCAAAUAGAAAAGUUGGCUGGAGAUCGUGAUUGGUUUGGCUCAGGAAGUAGAAUCAUCAUAACGACAAGAGAUCGGUGUUUACUCGAUAAUUCUAAAGUUGAUUCAAAGCACGAGGUGAUGAUUUUGGAUGACGAUGAAGCUCUUCAACUAUUUAGCUUGCAUGCUUUCGAGGAAAAGGAACCACCGAAGAAUUAUAUGGACCUAUCUAAACAAGUAACAAAAUAUGCUCAAGGUCUUCCACUAGCUUUAACAGUGUUAGGUUCGGAUCUAAAAGGUCAAAGUAUACAUCAAUGGAAAAAUGCAUUGGAUAAAUAUAAAAACAUUCCCAACAGUUCUAUUCAGAAAGUACUCUUAGUGAGUUAUGAAGGUCUGGAUGAUACUGAGAGGGAAAUGUUCCUUGAUAUUGCGUUUUUCUUCAAAGGGGAACCUUUGGCUAAUGUGAUGAAAAUAUUUGAUUCUUAUGAUUUUUUUCCGAAUCAUGGAAUCAAGAGGCUUAUAGACAAGUGUCUUAUUACUAUUACUAUUGAAGGGAGUAAUGAAUAUGUUCGGAUGCAUGACUUGCUACAAGAUAUGGGACGAGAAAUUGUUCGACUAGAAUCACCCAAAGAACCUAGCAAACGUAGUAGAUUGUGGUUUCAUAAGGAUAUCCGUGAAGUGUUGGAAGAAAGUAUGGGGCCAAACGAAAUUGAAGGCAUAGUAUUAGAUUUACCUGAAGGCGAGGAGGAGAUGAUAAGCUUGCAUCCGGAAGCAUUUCGACAUAUGAAAAGACUUAGAAUCUUUAUAAAUCGUAAUGCACGUUUUUCUUGUGCACCCAAUUAUCUAUCGGACAAGUUAAGAGUAUUUGAUUGGUCUCAAUAUCCUGUAGAGUCUUUGCCACGUAAUUUCCAAGGAAAAAAACUCAUUGUCUUUAGGAUGUCGCAUAGCCUCAUAAAAGAGUUGGGGGAUCGAUUCAAGCCCAAGAAUUUGACGACUAUGGAUUUCUAUAAUUGUCAAUUCUUAGAAAAGAUUCCGGAUCUUUCAAGCAUCUCAAAUUUGAAGGAAUUGACUGUCAGAGAUUGUACAAGAUUAGUGGAGGUGCAUGAUUCCGUUGGAUCUUUGGAAAAUCUUUUUACGUUGGAUUUUGGAGGAUGCUCUAAACUCCAAAUCCUUCCAAGAAGCCUCAGUUUGAGAUCUUUAUGCGUGCUUAAUCUUACUCAGUGUUCAAGCCUUCGUUAUUUUCCUAAAAUCGAGUGUAAAAUGAAAUUUUUAAGAGCGUUGCUUCUAUAUGGCACCGCAAUAGAAGAACUGCCUUUAUCCAUCGGAAACCUUGUUGGACUUCAGUAUCUAUAUCUAUCGGGCUGCCAAAACCUUUUGCGUCUCCCAAUUGCUUGCAUUCAGUUGCAACAUUUAAGCCGACUCUAUCUUGGUUGUCCAAAUCUUGUAAAGGAGACAUCAUUACGUAAAGAACCACUCCAUGAAGUGGCGCCUUCAACGAAUUCAAGCAAUGGGAGCACUGCAUUACAAGUAUCGAAUCUUCAAAUUAGUUGUUCCCAUUCAGAAUCAAAUUUCUUUCCAAUAUCUAGUUUCUUUACCAUGUUUAACUCCUCCGCCAGUUUGGAAUUUUUAAAUCUAUCGUGGACUGGACUUGUUAGCCUUCCCACGAGCAUCAAAGAAUUCGUUGCACUAACUAGUCUUUACUUGUGCAAUUGUGAGAAACUUGAAGAAAUAAUAGAGCUUCCACCAAAUAUAAGAGUGGUAGAUGUUACAGGAUGCAAGUCAUUAGAGAGAUUUUUGGAAGUAUAAAAAAUAUUGGAAUUCAAUGGAAGCCACAUCA